AUGGUAAUUAUCGGAUUUAAUUUGAAGAAGCAUUCCAAAGCCAGGGUAGAAAGGGUAAAUAUUAGACUCAAACAAGCUUGGCCACCACCUGGCCUGUUGAGUCCGACCGCCGCCUCCUUGACAUUGAAGCUGGAGUCCACCGCACCUAAGAUCGAUGGCGAAGCUGCUGCCAAUGACGAAGAGCAGCACGAGGAUGCCAGCAGUGGGUUGUCACUGCCCUCCUUCGGUGAAACGAGCAAUGUUUGCCAUUGUGCAAGGCGUGGGUGUGGAUACGAAGUUCUCGGUAAUGAUUGUACCCACUGA